UUUUGUACAUCUUUUGUUUAGAAAUUACAAUGCAUAGAAUUGUUUAAUGCAUUAAAGUGUAUCCCAAGGACAUUUGAGCAGUUAUUUGUAAGUUAAUAGCUCAUUGUGGCAUAUAUUUUCUAGUUUAAUCGAGCUAUUGUGACAUGCAAAUAUUUGAAUUUACAAUCUUACAUUAUAGAGCCUUAUAUCAUUGUAAUUUAAGUACAUGUUUGGGUGCUCUGAAAUUAUUGGAUCCUCCUAAUUAUUGUUUUUUGAAAUAAAUCAGAGAAGGAAUCAAAAGGGUUACCAGUUUGAUUGGAUUCCAACUUAUACUUGACCCAAAAAAGCCCAUUAGUUGUAUGGGUUAAAAGAUCAGUAAAGAGAUAUUUUUCUGCUCAAUGGUUCUAAAUGUCCUUUACGUUUACUUUUAUUUGGCUUCAUUUAAAGUUUAUGUUUUAAGUUAAUAUUAAAGCAUUGGUCUUUUACUAUUAUUUUGCCAUGUAUUAACCUCUUGGCCAUAGUAAAUAUUGAAAAGCUUUUCUAAGUAAGGGGAAAAAUUACAGUAGUAUAUACAUCUUUAUCUCAGUUUUUCAAACUCUUAUGCCCAUACUUAAUUUUAAAUACAAAUUCAGUAGAAUUCUCAUCUUGCACAAAAAAAAAAAAAAAACAAACAAGAGGUGUGUAAAUGGAAAUUUGCAGGAUCAUAAUUUUUCUUGGCCUCAUAGUGAUGCUUAUCAUUAGGGUCUCCUAUUUGGCUCAGAAUACAAAUUAAGUUUGUUAGCAUAUAAUUGUUUCAGAAACACUUUAUCUUUUGAUUUUAUUAAUCAUAUACAAUUUUAUCAUUUACUCGUAAAAUUAAUCUUAAGCUUUACUCUUAAUGUUGAUUGGAUGUUGGUUUGGGUUUUUUUGUUUGUUUUGUUGUCGUUUGUUUUGGUUUUAAUUAUGCAUAUAUUGGAAGGCUUACAUGUUAUGCAGUUAUCAUUUUCACAUAUUUUAUUCUGCGUACUUUAAUAAUCUUGUAAUACUUUGGAUGGUGACUAAGGAAAAUAGUAGGAGGAGUAGUAAGAGAUUUCUUCAAAAGUGCUUUAAGUGCUAUGCACUUAGGAAAACAGUCUCUAGGAAGAAUUAUUCUUUAAAAAUCAAUCAGAGAGUGGCCUCAUUGUUUUGUCCUAUUCCCUUGUCAUCCUUGUCCCCCACUCCAAGCCCAUGCAUGCACAAAGGAAACAUCCCAAGGACUGAAGUAGCAUGUCAUCCUGUGCCACAAUCCGGUUUGCGAUUCAGUGUCAAUUAUGGAAUUCAAUCUCACUGUGAAAUUCAAAUGUCAGGAAGUCUUGAAAACUCUUGUUUCUUCAGAUGGGCAGUUUUACGUAAUUGCCUCAUUCUUCCUGCAUUUCCAUUACAAGGUCUAAAAAUAGUUGGAGGGAGAUUAAGUGUUCCAACAAGUAACGCUCUAAUGGAUGACAGAGAAUUUCCACCAAAUGACCUACAAAUAGACUCAAAGGACAGUCUUCGUGCUGACUAUAGGGUGGAAAGUUUGACAUCUCGUUUGGUUUCUUCAGCUGAUGAAAAUGAAAAUCAACUUGACAAUGAUGGGAAUAAGAUUCUGACCAGUAGUAGCAUUGCUAUGGGGCGACAGGAUAAAGGUGAGCAGGACAGCAUCAAUAAUAAUGAGAAUAUGGACAGUGGAGACUGUACCCCAAACUGUAAGGAAGGUGAGACUGAGAGAUCUGUAAAUGUCUAUAUGGACCCCCAGCUGGAGGAAAAGCGUAUUACAGAAAAACAACCAGGUGGAAAAAGAAGUCCAAGAAGCAAAAGAAGCUCCAGUAAAAAAUCUAAAGGAAUUCCUACUGUGGGAACCACAGCAAUCAAGGAGGAAAAUGCUCUUAUUACAGAUUCAGAUUCUGUGCAUGCCGAAGGUGCUGUUGAAGCAAAUGAAAACUUUCACCAAAAAGAAACAUUGCAGUCUCUUUUCUCUUUGCUCCGUGAAGAGGUUGAGCAGAUGGAUUCAAAGAUACUGCCCCUGUGUCUCCAUCAGAUAGCCGAGACCUAUUUUCAAGAGGAAGAAUAUGAAAAGGCAAUGAAAUUCAUUCAGCUUGAACGACUGUAUCAUGAGCAGCUGCUUGCAAAUCUUUCUUCCAUACAAGAACAGUGGGAAAGAAAAUGGAAAACAGCGGUUCCUGGUCCAGUUACAACACUGAGAAAUUCAGCUAAAGAACUGAGUGGUGAAGAAUUAGAAAAGCUGACUAGAGUUUGCUCUUCUCAUCAACAGCCACAGACAUACAAAAAUCAGCUAGUAGCUGCAGAAAAUACGUGGGAAAGCAGUUGUUUGCUUCAGUUAGUGGAAUCAAAAAAUGUAACGGAAAGAGAAGCUGCUGCUUUAAAAUCAGGUACUGAAACUUGUCCUGGCAUUGGACCAAAGAAAGAAGAUAAACAGCGGAGCGCUAGUUCUCCAGGUGAAAAACGAACUGAGAGACAGACAGAGGCAGCAAGUGUUCCGGUAGCUGCAGGAAAGGACCACAUGGAGGAGCAGCACUGCAGUGCUGAAUCAACAUUGGAGCCACACACCCAGUCCACAGGGACAGUGGGCAGGCCUUCUUUAGGCUGUUUGUCAUCUGGGGAUGCCAGUAAAGAUAACAGUUUGCAGCCAAGAGAAAGACAACUCUCUAAGGAUGCAGAAAAAAUAGAAGGCGCAGCUGGGGAGCCUGGAGUGAAACUCCCUAUUGAGCCAAUGGUAGAUGCUUUGGUUUUAACAGAUGCUGAUUCUAUGCCUACUGAUUUGGUUCCUGCUGAUAAAGGUGUGCAAGCUGAUAGAAAUCUGCUCAGAUCAAAACAUGAUGCUGGCCCUUCAGAAAUUGCUAGUGGCCAGCCUGGAAACAGUGAUUUAAAGCAGCAACAGAAAGAGCCUGAUGACGAUAGAUCUUCGCAGGACAGAACUGCAUCAAAUGUAUGCUCUGGAUGUAAUAAAGUGUCUGAGCAUGAGAAUGCUGCCCAUUUACAAGUAUGCAAGGAAAUACAGAGAACAGCAGGACAGGAGGAGAAGGUAAAUAAUGAAGAACAAGAAGAUUUAUUUCUCAGAUUUUUGAAUGGUAACAUAAUAGACACUGAAGAAUCAUUUGCAAACUUAGGAAGCCAAGAGGACUUCGGCGCUGUUCCAGAUAUUUCACCUGAACGAGCAUCUUACAACUCACUGGAAGCUUUAUCACUAGAUGACAGCUUUUCUUCUCUUGAUGAACUUGCAAGAAGGAUAGAGAUUGCUGAGAUUGCCCCAGCAGAAGGUUUGGUGUCUAUACUAAAGAAGAGAGAUGACAGGGAAGGAAAAACAAUUGCUCAAGUCCAGCAAAAGCAAACAAAGAGAAGAGUGCGAUUCCAAGAAAUGGAAGACACAUUGGAUCAAGAUGAAGUAGCUGGUGGCUCCUGCAUUUUGCUGGUCCUGUUGUGCAUAGCAACUGUUUUCCUUAGCAUUGGAGGAACUGCAUUGUACUGCACCUUUGGUGAUAUGGAAUCCCCUGUGUGUACUGAUUUUGCAGCCAACAUGGAUUUCUAUUAUACGCAGAUAUUGCAGCGUAUGGAAGAACUUAAACACUGGAUAGCCUUCUCAUAGCUGAAAUGAGCAGAGACAAAAGACUGAGAGCUCACCAAUGCUUACUGGAGAGGGCAGAAAAAAAUUGUGAUUUCAAGUUCUCAAACACUUGCCACCUGCAGGCGAUGUGUAUUUGAUUAUGUACUUACACUUGUACUUAGAAAUCAAGAAAAUUCUAGUUUAGCAAUCAAGUGGCAAAAUGUUCACAUCUUAAGCUGUAGCAGUGUGGUAUGGGAGAAUAAAGUUAUUCUCUUCACGCUUUUGAGGGCAGGCGAGUAGCUUUUCGACAACUUGAGCAAGUGAAGAAGAAAGAAGAAAAUUGUCUUCUAUAUGCUCUCCCAUUGCCACACAUUGUGUAAGCAAUCUCUGGAAGCUUAGUUAGAGGACAGCUUUAAUUUACAGCUGUUUGUGCAAAGGUGUUGCCUCCAGCUAUCAUGCAAUAAGUCUGUGUUUUAUGGAAACAUAAUUUUUCUUUCAAGUCUUACUAUUUUUCUCCAUUUUAUUUCUCCUGGUGAGUCAUGUAGUUAUUUGAGUGGAGUGAGAAGAGUGCAGCGGCAUACACAGAGCCCUCAUUUGGUGAUUAACAGGCUGACCCUGUAUCUUGUAGCUUGCGGUGAAUAUCAUGAAUGGGAUGAAUCUGCUGGCAGAUUUCACUGAAUUUCCUGGAACUUUACUCACAGUUUUCUGGGGGCUAUUUGAGAAAUGAAAGGUUAAAAAAGAAAUCAUUGCUCUCACUGAACAUAGAAGCAAAAGUAAGAUGUUAAAGGAAUUAUUUGUGUUAAAUAGUAAAGUGGCUUGGGCCAGUUUUAAAGCAGGUGUGGGGCUAACUGGGCUUUCUGUCCAGCUAUGUCACUGACCUGCAGUAAUCACUUUGUGCCUCAGUUUCUCCUCCAUACAUGGGGAACAAUGAUCCUUGCCUUUGUCUGUGAAUAUUUAUUGCAAUUAGGGCUCAUGUCUGAUUCAUCCCAGAUGAGUGCACAGGGUCACUGAACUGUGUGGCCGCAGCCUCUCUCAGUGAGCGAAUGCUUACGUAAAGUGGGACUGAUCCAACAGGGGAGGUGCAGAGGAUCACUGCAGACCCACGCCCUGUUAGCAGUCCAGGGCAGUUGUUCCAGCAGAUAAAGCACAUUUGCAUCUAUUUGCCCUGCAGUUCUGAGACUUGUAUUGUAAAAUCUGUUCUUUUUCUAUCAGCUAUACAAACAAGUUUAAGUCAGGACAAAGAGUCACUUUUUAAUGGGUAUUUCUAUCACCUGGUGCUCAGCCCUCCCUGUAUGGUACGUGAGAGAACCACUGACAUGACUGUGAAGGUGAGAAUUAGAUGCACAGGCCUUUGGCCCGCACUGGUCAAAAAGCAGCGGCUGUGCUUGCACAGAGAAUAAUGGCUCAGCCCUGCUGAAGGUGUUAAUGUGAAAUGAUUCCUUUACACCUCAGGAAACAGCAUUUUUGAGGAGUCCACUUCACUCCACUCUGUCAUUUCCUGCUUACUAACAUUGUAUGAUGCAGUGUGUUCAGGUUUAGAAUACUAUUGUGUAAAAUACGAUGAAGUGAAAUCUUCAAGAUAUUGCUCAGAAAUGUAACAUUAAAUGAUCAUGCUUUUUGGCAUUUGCAAGCAAAUUGUCCUCCUAGUGAGCUUGAUUGUUCCUAACACACUGUUAUACUUAAUGGGUUUUUAAAGUGAAAGUUAAAGUCACCUUUUUUUCUAGAAUAAAUUGCAUGUAUGAUUUCUCUUUUUGUUUUCACUGGAGAGCCUUAGUUUAUUUACACCUUAGGGAGCCUCAUGUGCAACUUUAUAUCAAACUAGCAAAUUUUAAAUGCCCAACCUAAUGAAGACUUUUGAUUUUAGAAUGAAACUUGAGAAUGGUAGUUUGGUAGACUUUUUGUUUGUUGUCCUCAGAGUAUUAUGACGCUGGGCUAAUCUAAGGAAGAAAGGGAAAGACACUUUUGUAUUUUAAAGUGUUACUGGCUGGUUCAGUUUAUUAUUUGAAGUCUGAGUUUGUUUAUUUAUUUAGCUUUUCUUUUAAGAGAAUCUUAAUUUUCUUUUUUUGGUAAUUUACUCACAGAGUAAUUAAAAAGCAUGCAUUCAGUUAAAAUAUGUAUUUAUAGUGACUGUGUAGUUAGAAUAUGUUUUGUUUUUCUGUAACUUUGCAUUGAGUGUUUCAAGAUAUUUUGUUCCUAAAGAGACAACUGUUGAUUUCAGCUUAAAAAAUCUUUUCAAGGUUUUGUGCACUUCAUCACCAAAAAGAUCAAGUAUAUAUAGAACUAUUUAUUCAAAAGUAUAUCAGAUAUGGAGAUCAAAGGCCCUUUACUUUUAGGUUGAUUUAAUUAAAACUAUUUUAAAAUAAUUAUUUUCUUUAAAACUGUAAAGCUAUUUAAAGUCAAAGCAAUUUUUAAUAAGCAGUUCAGUUUAAAAUCAGUGGUCCAAAUCCUGGUCUGUCCACUUUGUGUUAUAUUCCCAGAGCAAAGACUCACUAGUAUCAACAGAACUGCCUGAAAAGAAGAUCAUGAAGAGUUUGAACACCACUUUACCAACAUGUACCCGAUGAAAACUGAGCAUCCAGGCAUUCCCUGUAACUCAACUACCUUAUACUUGUGUUGUAACUUGGACCAUCUUUCCAGCCUAUGCCAAGGUACCACGCCUGCAACGUCUCUCAGGAUUUGAGGGAGCAGAAGGGGCACAUACGCAGAGGCUGCCCAUCUCCUGAUCUGAGCUGUUCACUCCUCAGCUGCAACCAAGUGAUUGAAUCUGGAUCUGAUUUUUAUUGGCAUCCCUUUACAAAAAGCCGAUGGUACUAAUUCUUGCUUUGUGUGACAGUUCUGUUAGUGCAAAUAGUUUGCAUGGUCUGUAGUACAUUAUCAAACUUGCAGCUACCAAGGUAACAAAAUUUGCUUUGUGUUGAACUCCAAAGAGUGUGCGGGUAGGCCUGAUGUUGGCCUUCCUAUGUACUCUGUUCUCUUUAGAUUGCUGGUGACAUUGCUUCCAUCUGGGUGACCUGAGGGUGUAGGAUCUUACAGUCAGGUAAAUCCAGACUAAAAGAAAUUGUUGAUUUGAACAGUUAUUCCUCUUGUCUGAGCAUUUGGAGGUAAAAUAAUACUGAGCAACAGCUAAAAUGGUUGUAAGUAGGAAAAAACAGAGGGAAAAGGCUUUUUUUUUAACUCUGUUGUGCAUUUUAAAGCCCUUUGAUUCUGUUUCCUUUCCUGCCACUAUCAUUUCUAGCUGUUCUGCUUGGCAGUAGGGGAAACACACUAUGCCAGUGUAAAACUAUUUGUAAUUGGUAAGAAAAUUCGGGGAAUGGUUUAAUGUUUGACAGCAGUUAAAAGUAGCUUCUUAAAAUAUGACUGGAUUUCAGGCUGUUAGUGUACCUUCAAAGAAGUUGUGGCCACUUAAGCACCUGCAGCAUGCUACUAGAAAUCCCCACCUUCCACUUGAAUUCUUUGAGCAUGAUUAUUUUGAAGAGAUUCUCACAAUAGAGCAAAACCAAUGAGGCUCUUGAUGUAGAUUCAGCAUAUGCUGCCAAAAAGAGCUUUCUGGUGACAUGAGUAACACCCUCACUCCAAAUAGCCGAGACUACAUCAAGAAAAGCAGUGCUAUGGUGCAGCCACACUAUACUACAAGCUUGUUUUCAAAACAGGGUCAUAAGGAAGCAUCUUCCACAGCCCUGAUAUGCCAGCAGAAGUUCAUCAGCAAGACACAGCCCAUGUUUUAAAAUUAUUCUGAUAUCUUUGCUUUUCUCCUUGGAAAAUGCAUAGUCCUGGUGACGAGCAGUAGGAAGUAGUCUAACGAAAAGGGAAACUCUUGCAUAGGGUGUUCUGGGAGUAAUGGGCAAGCUUGAACCACCAAAUAAGCAGAGUAGAUUGGAAGUCCAGAUUCUCGUGUGACUGGGUACUGUUCUACUUGAUAACCUAAAGGGAUCUUACCCUCCUAAGAAAAUAUGUUUGCCUACUUUGUACUGUAAUGUAAAACCAAGACCAUCUAAAAGGACUAAUAACUAUUUGUAACAAAUUUAACUUAAGCUUCCUUUAGCAAAAGGGGUAAAUAAUUGUGUUUGAAACCAUCACCCAAGCUUGUAAUUUAAACACUGUAGCAAAAAAAAAAAAAUAAAAACUGUCCCAAAGAAAAUA